AUGCAUCAAGGAGAUGCGCCCCUUGUAACAAAGAUAUCAAAGGUGAAACCUAUCAAGGGUAUUAAGAAGAAGCGUCAGAAAUCGAUUAAUGGUGUCCUGAUUGAUUCAGAUGAUGGCAGUAGGCCCAUCGAUAGUUCACAAAAGGAGUUGGUGGUGUAUAAUCCGGGCACCAGUGAUGCAGGCCAAGCUUCUUCUCUUCCCAGUUCACGAGCACCAAAUCAUCCUAGUAGAGUUCUGUCCUCCGUUGGUGCAUUCGCAGUCCAGUGCGCAGCAUGCUUCAAAUGGAGGCUUGUGCCCACAAAAGAAAAGUACGAAGAAAUUCGUGAACAUCUCCUGCAAGAUCCUUUUGUCUGUGAGAGAGCUCAGGAGUGGCGCAGUGAUGUAUCAUGCGACGAUCCUGCCGAUAUUUCUCAAGAUGGCAGCAGACUAUGGGCAAUUGACAAGCCUAAUAUCGCCCAACCCCCUCCCGGGUGGGAAAGGAUACUUAGAAUAAGGGGCGAAGGAAGCACCAAGUUCGCCGAUGUGUACGUAAUCUUGCGCAUUCUUUUACAGCUGCUGAUCUCAACAUUCUUCAUAUAAAUGAAACGUUUUCAUUUCAGAUAUUAUGCUGCACCAUCAGGGAAGAUGCUGAGAUCCAUGGUCGAGGUACAGAAGUAUGUAAUCACCAUUGCGAGCGGGCUUUUGCCUUUCUACCUUGCCUAGAACAGAACAGCGUUCAAAUCUUCACUGAUUAGAUAUCUGCCAAGGCUACUGGUUGCUGCAUCCGUCUGAUAGACAUGUUGCUUUAUGGUUUUCCGUUGUCUGAAAUGGAAGUGUGUGUAUAUUGAAGGUACCUGCUUGAGCAUCCGGAGUACGUUGACCAAGGAGUGAAAAUGUCCCAGUUUUCUUUCCAGAUUCCAAGGCCUCUACAAGAAAACUAUGUGAGGAAGCGCUCUGUACGCUUCUCAAAUGCAUGUGAAAGUGCCAGAGUGCGAUCAUCGAGGGCAGUGAAACCUGCUGAUGGUAAAUAUACUGUCACAUGAACCUGUAAUUAAUUCUCAUGCUUGCUACGGGGCUCUCUGAUUUUAUUUCUUUUUUGAUGUUUAUAAGAUCUCAUGUUGCCAUUGUUUCUCGCUUAUUAUGCGAGAAUCACUGGUGGAGAAUGAGAAUACAUCCAACAAGAAGCUCCAAAGUGUAUUCUUUGUUGCGACCUUUGGCUGUUUACCCUCGAAUCUUGUGUCUGUGCUGGUUUGUUCCAUGGACUUUUCACUGGCAGUUGACUUUGAUGUGAAUCAAAGUUUAAGUUACUCUUUCUUCACUCCCUUUUUGAAGACUGCACAGUCAACCUCCAAUGCUAGUGCGAGGUCUGAUCAUUUUGCAUCACAAUCACUACUUAUCCUUGCUUAAAAACUGAUCAUUUUUACCUAUUUUAUAUUUUUUUUCUAUUUCAUCCUUCCUUAGGCUCCUUUGACUUGUAUGAAUGAAACAUGAUAGGUGCUCUGUCCUGUUCCUCCUAUUGUCUCUCUUUCAUCUCUUUCCCAUGCUUCUGAUCUGCUGGAUUUGAAUUUCUUUGAGAAGUUGCAGGCUCACCUCUGCUUCCCCUUAGCCUUGUUUGCAAAUCCUCUCUUGGCCAUUGUCCCAGCAGGCAUGGGCUUGCAUCUUGUGCAGUCAUGCGAAUACUACCUCUCCUCUCUCAAGUAAUAUCUGCAUCUCUCUUCUCUUGUUCAAGAGAACCGAGGCCCAGCCCACUGAAGCCAAAUACUUUUUCACUUAUUUUUCUUCUUUUUUAUUUCUUUUAUUUUUUUUGGGACCCAUUUAUAAUAUUUGAUGAACUUGGUUAUUCGUCUCCUUUAUCUUUUCUUUUUGUUUAAGAAGCAAUGUAAAAACAGCUACUUUGGUACACAAUCCAAUCACUGCGCAGUUGGAGGCCAAUCGUCGUGUUGUCCAUGAUAUUGUGGCCAAGGCAGAAGAUUGUGGCUUGAAGCUAAUCACUUACUCUCUGAAAGCAUGAAUGGAAACUUUUCAUCCCUUUUCUGUGCAGUGAAUCCGCUGUCGUGGUUGGGCCCGCCCAAAGCGGACACCGAUUUGCAGAUCGACAGACCGGAUCCUCCCCCCACUUCUGUCUGCGAUCCGGAGGCUCCCCAUCCCUGGCAGACCAACUCGCCGGCGGCGGAGAGUGCUGCAGGCUGCCUUUCCUCGGAGGACAUGGACAACAACAACGCCGGUCCAAGAAGAGGACCCCAAGGUUGA